AUCAUCGUUUCAUUGGCACGACAAAAGAUCCAAAGAUCCCGAUGAAAACUAUGAUUCUAUGGCUUUUUAUUGUAAGUGUACUACGAACUAAGCUUACAAAAAUUGAAAUUUCUAUUCGAUUUAUACACUCACCUUCCUGAUAGGUCAGUCACAUGAACAAAUGUAUCGUUGAACGAAGCAAAAAUGUGCGCAACACCAAACACAAGUUCGCCUUCACCAACCUAAACAGRUUAAGCCAUARGUAAAYGAAUUAGUGUGUCAAUCUUCGGUCUAAAACUGCUAAGAACGACUUAUCAMGAAAAGRAAACAAUUAUUCUUUCGCACCUGAGGUCCAAGAGAGAUAUUCUCUUCUUGCUUUUGAGUUUUUUGACCCUUUCGUGGCGCCAUACUAAAACAUAAAUAUUAAAAAUAACAAUACUGCUAAGUAACACUAUUAUUCAACGUUACUUUGACAGGUUUUAUUAGUAAAGAUGGUUUAUUUUAACGGAGAAAUAACAAAGGAUUCAAUACUAACUCUGUAAUCAGACUGAUUGCAGAUUUGAAGAGAUCGAAGAGGAAGAUCCCAUGCUGCUUUGCGAUUGUUAUGCUUCGAGUGCGCAUGUGCGKUAGAGAAAACAGCUGACAGCCUUCAACGCAUUGAAAAAAAUUUUUMAAUAAUAUUUGAAUUCAGUSAACAUUUUACUACAAAAAGGCGACUGAAUUAUGCCAGAUAAUCGAGCUAGAUACUUCAGUGCGGCUCUACAGGUACUACUACUUGGGACGUUUACAUAUUACGGCGUAAAAUGGCUUAUGGAUGCGCUGGACCCUACAAAAAAAAGUCGACUAGCAGCUCAAAAACAGGCUGAACAAUUGUUAAAGAAGAUUGGAGUUGAGGGAGUCCAGCUAAGUGAAUAUGAGUUAGCCAUUGCAGCAGACUUAGUGGAUCCUUUGUCAAUGCCUGUUGAAUGGACUCAAAUUGGUGGACUGAGAGAAACAAUAGAAGAAGUGAAGGAAACUGUUAUCCUUCCUUUCAAACAAAGAGAUAUAUUUGAAGGAUCAGCAUUGUUAUCUCCACCCAAAGGUGUCUUAUUAUAUGGACCACCGGGMUGUGGAAAAACUAUGAUUGCCAAGGCAACAGCAAAAGAAGCAGGAUGYAGAUUUCUGAAUUUACAAGUUUCUUCUUUGACUGACAAGUGGUAUGGUGAAUCCCAGAAGCUUGCUGCUGCUGUAUUCUCACUGGCAGUGAAAUUACAGCCAUGCAUUGUUUUCAUUGACGAAAUAGAUUCGUUUUUAAGAGCAAGAGAUAAGAAUGAUCAUGAGGCAACUGCAAUGAUGAAAGCACAGUUCAUGAGUCUUUGGGAUGGUCUGCUAACAGAUCGUAACUGUCAGGUGAUUGUAAUGGGUGCAACAAACAGACCUCAAGAUGUUGAUAAAGCAAUAAUGAGAAGAAUGCCGGCAUCCUUCCAUGUGGGACUGCCUGAUGAAAAGCAGAGAGAAGAAAUCUUGAGGAUAAUUCUUGGAGAAGAAAAUGUUGAUAAUGAAGUGUUUCUUAACUUAUAUGAACUAGCCUGUAUAACAAAUGGCUUUUCUGGAAGUGAUCUAAGAGAAGUCUGUAGAACAGCUGCUAUGUCAUGUGUAAGAGAUUAUUUAAGAGAACACAGUAAYGAAUCAAAUUCUUCAUUAGGUAGUGAUAUUGGUAGUUAUGCAGCAUUGCGGCCAAUUACAAUGAGCGACUUAAGCAAUGCCGCCCUACGAUAUAGCACAAGUGUUGCAAUGAAAUCAUGAGAAGAAAGAGGAAAGAUGUCUUCUGUACUCUAUUCAGGGAACUUUGUUACCUGUAUUUACAAUUUAAUUAGUGGUAUAGGAGAAUUGCUCYAAGUCUCACUUUUAAUUCUUUCUGUUACUUGGGAUUCCUGUCAAUCAAAUUCUUGGUUUCCAUGCAUUCAAUAAGAAGCAAGGUAUGACAUAGAAGAAAAAGAAGCAUUGCCUCCUUCAUUUCUCUUUCAUUCUAAAUGUCUUUCUCCUUGGAAAAGAUUGGACUAAAAUGUCAAGCAACAGAAUGAAUAAACAGCUGUGUGAGACUUAACCGUUGAAGCGAGUCUAGUUGUGUAAAAAAAAAUCCUAAAUAUUAAUAUUUAUCUAAGCAGAGAAGUACCCAAUAUAGAUAUACCAUUUGCCMCAGUUUACUGACAAAGUUACAUGAAAAGAGUAUAUAAUCUGGGAKAUCUUUGAUAAUAUUAUGGGAUUGGUUUUUCUCAGAUGAAGUCUUUUUUUGGCAAUUCGUUUAUGCAGGAUAUUUAACCAUACAGAGUAUCAAAAGAAGGCUAUUAAAGAGAAUUUUGCUAUGUACAUUGUAAUUUAACAAAAUAUAGCAAAAUAACUGAAACUAAACCAAUCUUUUUGUUUCAAAAUCAUUUUUUUUGCUAUUAUUAUUUUAUUAGAUUCUUUUACAGAGUUCCUUUUAUAUUUAAGUUUUGUAUUUCUGCUAUAUCUAUGAUAAAUAAUUUUUCUGCUUCUUUGUYCUUUUUAACAAAGAAGGAAAUUAUUUAAUGUUCAGAAAAGAAGAAAAAUAUAUAUAUUCUUUUCUAAAUCGCUUUUAGUCUGAAAUGGGAAUUAUUAAAAAAAAUUGCAUUGAAAAAAUAUAUAAUUGAAUGAUUUUUAAAAGYAAUUUAAUUUCUGUGUACAUCUUAAAAUAUAUGAUUUAAGAAACUACAGACUGUUGUCUACACUGUGCAUUUUUCAGUCUAUUAUUAUUUUGGUAGUAAUGUACAUGUCUUACAUUCCUUUGUACAGUUACAWGUCGCAUAUGGCAUGUUUAUUCAAUUCACUGUUUGUAAGCUGGAGUACAAAGUGUACAAUAUAAAUACCUCUGAAUUGCUAAAUAAUUAGCCUGAUUAGAAGCGACAUGACCCAGAGGAGACGUUUGAUAUUCAGGCUACUAAAUAAUGCGAAAUAGUUUAAAGUGUUGUACACAUUUAGUGUUUGUAUUCUACAUGUAUAUAUAUAUACUUAAAACGUUAAAAAGAUAAAGGGCUUUUAACUGUUAUUUUGUUAAUAAUCGUAAUUCUUCUAAGAAAUUUUACUGAUGCUAAAAUGUCACACUGACAAUAUAACAUAACUUUUCAUUCAAGAGUAAUUCAGUUACCUAGAUUGACAGCCCUGAAUUUAUGAGAAAAAUUUAAAAAUAUAGAAAUACAUCAUAAAUUUGUUGAAAUAAUGUUAGUUGAACAUAUGAUAAUAAGAAAAUAUUGUAUUUGCAAUAAUUAURUCAGUUGUAGCCAAGCCAACAUGAACUUUUUWUGGCUUUAAUGGUYAAACAUGCAAUACAGAAAUGUAAGAACUAAUUUCUGAAAUUUUGAAGGGGCUGAUACUAUUGUGAUAUGUAACAUAGCUGACAUUGAUGAAUUCAUUGUGCCAUUAAAUAACAGUAAGCAAUAUGCAAAAUAAAUAUUUAAACUCA